CAGGCCGCCCGGACCGCGCGCGCUCUCAGUAUUCUCUCUGGCCUAGACGUACCGUACGAUAUCAGCUGAUACCAGUGUCAUCGAACGUCAAAUCUCCAAGUAUACUUAUUUAUCUACAGCGCGUAUUAAAUAUAAGCGUGCGGAUAAGAUUUAGGAAAUCAAAAGCGCAAUAUGUUUAUAACGAAUGUAUUAUUGAAGAAAGCAAAAAGCAAAGACAUCUUGGUUAUGGCAGAAAGCAUUGUGAGUGGCCACAGAGUGUUGCGUAUUCGAGAAAGGCUAGCUGAUAAAUUAGAAUUUAUAGCUUUUGAUCCUUUUGUCCAAAAAGAUGCGUUAUACAGAGAAUCAAAGAAAAUACGUAGUUUAGGCAAAAAAACUUAAAUAAAUGAAGUUGAUUUUUCAAAAGAUUUUGUUUUAUUGAUACUAUCUCUGUUUCGUACAACGAUUGUCAUAAUAGAGACUCCAGCUGUAUCUGGCACAGAACAUCAGACUUUGCAUUAACAGCAAAGUCCUCUAAAGAUACUCGGAAUUGUUAAUACUUGAGUUUUUCUUUUAUAACCGAGUAUUAAUUAACAUUUUUACAACACAUGCUUUAAUUUAAAAUACUUUUAUCUACGAUACACGUUAUAUUAUGUAUAUGUGAACAUAUUACCACCAAAUUAUUAUCAUCUACAAUGUAUGUAAUUGAUCGGUUCUAACAGAAAAUUUUGUAUCAUAACGUGUAUAAAAUCUCAACUAUUUAUACAUCGUAGCAUGUUUGUUUUUACAUAAAAUUAACAAAGAAAAACAAUUUUUCUCAUAAACGCGAAUUGCUGCAAUUUUUCAUGACAAAUCUUGUAUAAAUGUGAUAGUAUAUAUGUGUAAAUAAAGUUAACAAAAUAUUUAGUAUUUGAAUUAAAGUAACAGAUCCGGAUCAAUAAAGUCCGACAAGAAAAUAUUCCCAAUAAACGACACACGAUAUUUACAUUUUACGACGACUUUUAUUUUGUUUUGUUCUUAUUGCUACACAAACAACAAUGGAACAUUGAUCUCUAUUUCACAAAAAAAAAAAAAAAAAAAAAGACAUUUA